CGAAGAACCACAAACCUCCACAAAAUCACAACCCUUCACACACAAUAAACGACCACUCCGAUCCAGAACAUCAUGCAGUUCUCCAACGUCGUCCUUCUCUGCCUCUCUAUGGCCUGCGCCGUCUUCGCCCACGGCAAAUGCGACGUGACUAGGAACAAGUGCAACGUCAGUACCGGCAACGAGCCCAUCUGGAUCAAGUGCCACGACUCUCCAUUGGAUUGUGUCUACCAGAAUGACUGGUGCAACCCCGACCCGGAAAACUCCGGCUGGGCGUUCUGCUCAGAUCAGACCUCCUAAGUCAUCUGACGAGCGAACAGUCCAAUCUUUUUGGAGAAAGUGUCGAAGGUCAUGUUGAUGGAGGAAUGGAGUAUGG